GCAGCCAUGAGAUCCAGCCGCCCUGAGCCUGGGGCCCAGGAACCCCUGAGCCCCUGCCCUCAGCCCCUAUCCCGGAGCUCCUCCAGCCUGAUGGGUGAGGGCCAGGGGCAGAGACCAGAGCUCCGCAAGAGCACCAGCAGCACUGUAUGGCAGGCCGAGCCGGGUGAGGCCAGUGCCGGUCCCCACGUCCCAGAGGAGGAGGGGCUCUGGGCUGAGAGCGAGGAGCAGGCACAGGCCUCCAGCCCCCGGCCACAGCCCAGAGCUGUGGGUCACUGGCGGAGCAGCACUGUGGGCAACGUGUCUACAGUGGGUGGCGGUGAACUGUGUCGCCUGCAGGACCCCAGCGCCGCUGCUGUGCAGAGAAGUCACUCGGACCUGGUCCACAGCACCCAGACCCGGGGCCACAGCGGUGCUCGAAAGGCCAGCCUCAGCUGCUCAGCCCUGCGUAGUUCGCCUGUCCACAGGGCUCAGCUGCAGCCCAGCACUUCUGGACAGGGCAGCCAGGCCCCCGCAGGCCUGGAAAGGGACCUGGCUCCAGAGGAUGGGACUUCGAACUCAGCCUGGACCCUGGGGGAGAGUCAGAUGAGGGUGCUGCCACCAGACCUGGGAGGCACUGUGGCGCACAGCAGCAGCCCCAAGGCCACAGAGCAGUUGGCCACCACCUCCUGCCAUGCUCUGCCCCCAGCAGCUCUACUCUAUGGCAUGAGGGAGGUGGGGGCCAGUGGCUGCUGUCAUGCCUUGCCUGCCCCAGGGAUCCUGGCCUUUCCCAAACUAGUGGCAUCAGUGAGUGAAUCUGGGCUGCAGGCUCAGCAUGGGGUGAAAUUCCAGUGUAGGCUGCCUGGGGGGCUUCCUGGGCAUUCCCACUGCUGUGACCUUUGGGGUUCCGGGUUAGCCAUGGAGCCUGGCACCAGGACCAAGGAUGUGUGGACCAUGACCUCAGCCAGUGACUUGGCCCCUGUCUUGGUGUCCCCUCUGUCAGCCCAGGAUGCUGGUGUGCAGGCGGCUCCCAAGGCAGUCUGCAAGGCUGUGGCCACUAGCCCACCCCUGGAAGCCCCUGUGGCCCUGCACACAUUCCCAGAGGUAACUCUGGGCUCCAGCCUGGAGGAGGCACCGUCCCCUGUGCGGGAUGUGCGAUGGGAUGCCGAGGGAAUGACAUGGGAGGUGUAUGGAGCUGCAGUGGACCCUGAGGUGCUCGGCGUGGCCAUCCAGAAGCACCUGGAGAUGCAGUUUGAGCAGCUACAGCGGGCACCUGCCAGCGAGGACAGCCUGUCUGCCGAGGGCCGGAGGGGACCGCUUCGAGCUGUCAUGCAGUCCCUGCGGCGCCCCAGCUGCUGUGGCUGCUCCAGCACAGCCCCUGAGUGAGG